GACAACAACAACCCGGAGCGGGAGGGACACCAACUUGAAGAAUGGUAAGAGAAGAGGAUAAAGUAAUUCCCGUACGAGUGGCCUUGCGCUGUCGACCACUCGUGCGCAAAGAAAUCGAGGAAGGAUGUCAAAUGUGCUUAACAUUUAUGCCGGGAGAGCCACAGGUAAUUUUGGGCUUAAACAAGUGUUUUUCCUAUGAUCAUGUCUUUGAGCCAUAUGCUGAACAAGAAGAAGUGUUUAAGGUCACUGUUGGCCCCCUUAUUGAGGGAAUAUUCAAAGGAUACAAUGCCACAGUGCUGGCCUAUGGACAGACUGGCUCUGGAAAGACCUAUUCAAUGGGUGGCACAUACACGUCUGUACAGGAGGGAGAUCCCGGUGUUGGUGUCAUUCCGAGAGUAAUAAACGCACCCUUUAAUAAGAUCGAAGAUAAUUCUGAAAAUGACUUUACAUUAAAGAUCUCCUAUCUGGAGAUUUAUAAUGAGGAGAUUUUGGACUUAUUGGAUACUUCUCGGGACAAAUCACAGAUCCACAUUAGAGAAGAUCCCAAAGAUGGAAUAAAGAUUGUGGGACUAAUAGAAAGGACUGUAAACACUGCCAUGGAUAUGGUGGGAUGCCUGGAGCAAGGGAAUUCUACAAGAACAGUUGCUGCAACAGCUAUGAACUCCCAGUCAUCCCGAUCGCAUGCCAUCUUCACCAUUGCUGUUGAGCAGAGAAAGAAAAGUGAUGGAAACCAUUAUAUCCGUUCAAAAUUCCAUCUGGUAGAUCUGGCAGGGUCAGAACGGCAAAAAAAAACCAAAGCAGAAGGUGACCGCCUGAAAGAAGGGAUUAAUAUCAACCGUGGAUUGUUGUGCCUUGGCAAUGUCAUCAGUGCACUAGGGGAUGAGAAUAAUCGCACCGGUUUUGUACCAUAUCGUGACUCAAAGCUAACACGAUUGCUUCAAGACUCACUUGGUGGAAACAGCCAUACAUUGAUGAUAGCUUGCGUCAGUCCUGCUGAUUCAAAUCUGGAGGAGACUCUAAAUACACUCCGUUAUGCUGACAGAGCAAGGAAGAUAAAGAAUAAGCCUGUGGUUAACUUUGAUCCCCAGGCGGCUGAACUGCAACGCCUUAAACAACAGGUGCAGGAACUUCAAGUGCUGUUGCUUCAAGCACAUGGUGGAACAGUUCAGAUGAGCAUUGGAGUGGGUGAAUCUGAAAAUCGACCAUCUGUUAUGGAAGCAGCAAGGAUACAAAGGGAGGAGGUAGAAAAUUUGAGCAAAGAGCUUCGUGAAGCUGUUGGCCAGACAACACACAUGUGUGAAAGGGUUAUAGUGGUGGAGCAGGUGAAUGAAAAGCUGAUGGACAGGCUGAGUGAACUUUCGAAGCAUGCGGCGUGCAAGUUGGACUUGGACCAACUAAUUACAACUUCGCCCAGUGAAGAAACAAAAGAGCAAAUUGAUGCCCUACGCAGUCUGCAGCAAAUGAUUACUGAUCUGGAGAAUGAAUGUAAAGAACUUGCACCUGAACUGGAGGGAAUAGAUGUUGAAGAACAUAUGACUGAGAAUGGAGUCUUAAAGGAAAAGCGGGAUUCUGAUCCUUUUGUGGCCAGUCUUGCGCUGAGGCAAUGCCAAAUGUCUAAAGAGUUGAUGGAGCUGAAUAAAGUACUGGCACUUAAAGAAGAACUCGCUCGGAAAAUGUCCCAGAGUGACUGUGAAAUGGAGCCUGUUCAUGUCGUGUAUCAGGACAGCAUCAAAUCGCUUGAGAGUGAAGUUUCUGCCCUGCAAAAGGAAAAAGAAGAGUUGGUGCUGGCGCUGCACAGUGCAAAGAAAGACACCAAUGCAACCAAAGUUAGUGAACGUCGAAGGAAACGCCUUCAGGAGUUGGAAGCUGAAAUGACAAACCUUAAAAAGAAGCUGAUAGAGCAGUCAAAAAUCCUGAAAAUCAAGGAGAAGGCAGAAGGCACUGUUAAUAAACUGAACCAAGAAAUCCAGGCAUUGAAGUGUCAGCGAGUGCAACUGAUGCGACAUAUGAAAGAGGAAGGUGAGAAGACCCGAAGAUUGAAAGCAGAAAAGGACAAGGAAGUUAUUCAGCUAAAGGAGAAGGAUCGAAAAAGACAGUAUGAGUUAUUAAAGCUAGAACGCAACUAUAAGCAGCAAGCAAAUGUUUUAAGGCGCAAAACUGAGGAAGCUGCUGCUGCAAACAAACGGUUGCGAGAUGCGUUGCAGAAACAGAAAGACUCGACUGAAAAACGAAAAGAUUUGAACCGUGGAAUGGAAGGGACUGCUGCUAGAGUUAAGAAUUGGCUGGUCAAUGAACUCGAAGUACUUGUAAGUAUAGAAGAGGCUCGUCAUCACCUGAACUCUCUGCUGGAUGAUAGGAAAAUGUUGGCGCAGGAGCUUGUUUUUCUCCAAGAGAAGAAAGAGGCCCACCAUCCACCAGCAAAACUACGGAGACGAACUUUUACAUUGACUGAGUUGAUGAAAAGCACUGAAAAAGAUCCAUCUUUAAACAAGCAGCUUGAAAGUGUGGAAGCAGAAGUAGAACUCAGGAGUGCUCAAAUUGCUGAUCUCCAACAAAAGCUGAUGGAUGCAGACAAUGAACAAAGGCUGAAGCAUCGAUGGGAUACAAUUGCCACCAUUGUAGAAGCAAAGUGUGCAUUAAAGUGGCUCAUGAAAGAGUUGGUGUCAUCUAAAGUAUCACAUAGCCAAACGACAAGUGCACUGAACCAGACUAAAGUUGAUGGUACAGAGUUACAGAAGAAUGUAAUCGAAGAACAAAACCGCAUAACUGAGAUGGAGACGGAACAUCAGCAACAGCUUCUAGAACAAGAACAGCGACAUCAAGAGAAGGUCUUCUAUUUGCUUAGUCAAUUACCUCAAAACUCCAAUAAGUCAAUAGUUUCUCCUCAUGAUCACGAGGCACAACUUCUGGAAAGACUUAAAUUCCAAGAUGAAGAGAUAAAGAAAAUGAAAGAGUUGUGUGAACGGAAUCAACAGCUAAUUGAAGAGAAUGAAUUGUAUAAGCAAAAACUGAACCUUCUUCAGUACACAACUGGAAACAUGGUUGAUAAAGGCAAAUUGGAAAUGCCUUCAAGUUCCCCAUUUGAGUAUGUUCCCCCCAAGCCUAAAAACAGGAGGAAGACGUGUGCGAAGCCAAACAUGAUGACUCCACGUGUAACCCUGGAAGAACUAUUAUCUGACUCUGACUCUGCAUCAGACUCUGCUGGCGUUGACGAUGAUUGGAUGCCCGAAAAAGUGAAAGGAAUUAAGAAAGCAAGUUUAGGGUGUUCCUGUAAAGGUCGUUGUGCCAACAGGCAAUGCAAAUGCAGGAAGAAUAAAUCUGAUUGUGGCGAUCAUUGCAAAUGCGUUGCCGGCCAGUGCCACAAUCGUCUUGAUAUGACUAUAGAUGUGUUCGAUGAAAAUGAAUUGGACGGAUCUAUUAGACUGGAUGACCCCACUGAAUCGGAGUCUUGCUUCUUUGAGCCACUCAGUGUUGGACCUGCUGAUAAAGUUCCAACUGACAUUACUGAUCUUGGGCAAACAAAGCUGAAGCUGAUUCGUAAACCACUGAGAGAGAACGAAGAUUUGAACAGCACAUUUGCUAAAAAGAAGAAGAAAGCUUUGUCAAACUGUACCACCAGCUUCUUUACUGGAUGUGUAUCAAUUCCUGAAAAUGAUAAAUGAGCAAGUGGUGCAUCCUUCUGUAAAUAUAUUCUUAAAAUCUUUGCUUUCUGUAACUCUAUCAUUCCAAGAAAGUCAAUUGCUGUGCUCUGACUUGUAUAUUUUUUAAAUGGCGUCUUGUAGGGUACCCUGAUUCUUUCUAACCUUGUUUUUUUAUGAUCUCUUAUUUUCCUGUGUGAGAGACUAUGAGGUUAAACUUUAUCAGUUGGUCUAUUCCAGAGUAAAAAUUUUAUUUUAAAUUUAAUUCCUUUUAUGUAGUAGAAUUAUUUUAAUCUGUAAUUUCUCUUGCUGUUAGAUAAUUGUCUAAAUUUCUGAAUAAAGAUUGUGAAUCAUGACUGAAUAAAGGAUGACUGAAUUAA